AGACGCUUGCUCAGUACAUACGAAUACCCAGCAGCUCUUGAAGCUAGCGCAAUAUGGCGGCGCCUUCUUCAUUGCGUUCUCGCGCUUCAGAGGAGGUGAAGAGGUUCUUUCACUACCCGUGCCACAGCGUCAUCACUCGGUCCGCCUUGGAGGGUUACAUGGGCCGCGUUACCGUGCGUGGCAGCAGCGCCGACAGCAGCCUUGCUGCGCGCAUCGACCUCGGCGUGUUUCGCGUGCUCGCCGGCUGCCCCAACGAGGAGCCCACCCAAGGCGCAGCACACAGUGCCGUCGUCGUGCCGGUGCAGCCAACGUGGGCCCCGCUGAUUCGGCUGCUGCUGCCGUUGCACACGGCGUACAAGCGGGACCUGAUGGAAGUCGCCCCCGGUGGCUUUCCUGUGCGUCGAUUGCAGCAGCUCGUCGAUGCGUGUCCUGCUGGGUACACCAUCGUGCCGAUCACGGAAGCCAUCGCAGCGGACGUGGCAAAGGAAGAGUGGUCCGCUGAUUUGACCGGCAACUUCGAUGACGCGGCGACCUUCGUACGGGUAGCGCUUGGUUUUGUAGCCAUUGAGGAUUCUUCAGGCUUCGUGGCGGCCGGGGCAUCGACGUUUGCGUUGUGCGACGCCGGCAUUGAAGUGGAGGUGGACACGGCGGAGGCGCACCAACGACGUGGCCUGGCCCGUGUCUGUUCGGCUCACCUCAUUUUGGCCUGCCUGGAGCGAGGCUGGCAGGCUGGGUGGGAUGCGCAUGUGCCGCACUCGGCCGUGCUGGCGGAGCGACUCGGCUACGUGGUCGGUACUCCUUAUGUGGCGUACACCACCGAUCCUCUUGCGCAAUUGUGA